UUGUUUUCUUGAUGUUACAUAAGUAUGUUAUGUUUUUCUCAGACAAUGAAAGUAUGAUUUUCUGGUAAAGAGGAUGAGAAUUCAAAGGAAAUUGAGGGUCCAAAUGUUUUUCCAUUGUGGGAGGACAUAAAUUGAACUAUGAUGGAAGAUUGAAGGACCACCCCACCCCCAUUGCCAUUGUUGUCUUCUUCUUUGGGACAAUUUAUUGGUUUAUGCGGGAGGAAGAAAUAAUAUUUAUUUAUUACAAAUUUUGCUUAUAUACAGUAUACACUGCAACACUGUAAUUCUUUAAGAAAAAUGGAUUAAAGAAAAAGAGUAAGAAAAAAUAUACUUUGGUAGCCUCACCGGUCACAACUGACCAGCCCACACUGAAACACCCCUAAUUUCUGUCAAGAAUUCAGACAACAAUCCAAAUAUCCACAUUUACCAACACACACUGUAGCCUGAUAAAGCCAGCUGAACUUCUGCACAAUAUGAUUGGCUGCCCUUUCCACCAAUUCAUCCUCUCCUUUACAGCCCAGAGCCAAAUUCAGAAGCCAGCAAAACUAGGCAAAUUCAGAGCCAAAUUCACUAAUAUAUAUAUAUAUAUGUAUAUGAGUUGGUGUGAGUGUGAAUAUGAGUGGGUGUGUGGGGUAGUACAGGUCAAUAACCUGACAGCAAAACUAGGCAGACAAAUGUACAAUUUUCUAAACAAUACAGCCUGCUUAGUUUGCAAAAAGAUAAGUGAUUAUGUGUAGUAGAUUCAAACAAAUAAGAGAAGCUGAAAGCCUGCAUUGCUUUAUUGCAAUAUCAUUUUAUCUUUCUUGGCUCAAUCACUCAACUUAUAUGUGCAAAAGAUUGGAAGUGACUGAUACCUUUUCAGGGCAGUGACACAACAGGAAGCUCUCAAAAGGCAGAUGCAAAUUGAUGCUGGACAGCGCAGUGGGGUACCGUGAAAAGCUUGUGUUUGUGAGUUGUCCAGCAAUAGGAAUUGGCAGCAUUGUUCAUUCAUUACCUGGUAUUUUUGUUGAUGCUUUGACAUCAACCACUUUGCAUUUUUCUCUGAGCUUUUCAGCACUAGAAAGCACUUUUAAAAGCCAUAUUUUGCAACAAAAAAGCCGCUAGAAUUGCAUGUGAAGUUUUGCCAUCAAAGACUGCAUAUUGUUUUAGUGGUUUUAUGUUUCUUGGAUGCAUUAAUUUUGGAUUAGCUAACAGCUAGCCUUGUCUCGAUUCGAUUCGAUUCGUAUUGUGAAUCAAUGUUCAGAUCUUUUGUUAUAGACUACAGCAGAGGUGGUUGUGUCUGCACGUCAUGGGAAGCUCGUUGGCAGCCGUUGUUGGAGGCGUAGGCGGGGGGCUAAUACUUAUCCUUGUUGUUGCUGUAUUGGUAUGGUUCUUUAGAUCUAAAUUCGGACAAUUUUCGAAUCGUGGCUCUGAAACAUUCUCUUCUGAUACCUCUGUAGCAGCAACUGCGACGAUGAAAAGAAGUGGAGCAACAGGUUCAUACGCAGUCCCGAGACAAUUCAGAUUCGAAGAGCUCGAGCAAGCUACAAAGAAUUUCGAUGAGAGCAACCUCAUUGGAUGCGGAACCUUUGGUUUAGUUUAUAAAGGAUUGCUCGCCGAUGGAACCUUUGUCGCCAUCAAGAGACGAGCCGGUCAUCCUCAACUCGACUUCACUGAAGAGGUGGCUCACUUAUCGACAAUUCAGCACCGUAAUGUCGUUAAGCUUCUCGGUUAUUGCCAAGAACGAGGAUCCCAAAUCCUCGUUUUCGAGUACCUCCCCAACGGCAGCAUGUGCAGUCAUUUAUACGGCGCGGCCAAGGAGUCGAACACAAAGCUCGAAUUUAAGCAAAGGCUAAACAUAGCAACCGCGGCGGCGAAAGGCUUGUCUCAUUUGCACGGCUUACAACCUCCCGUAAUCCACGGCAACUUCAAGACAGCUAACGUCUUAGUCGAUGAGGAUUUCGUCACGAAAGUUUCCGACGCAGGCGUCAAGAAACUACUCGAGAGAAUCGACGAUGCAGGCUCGUCGACCUCAGCCUCCAUCGACGCUUUCCGGGACCCCGAGUUAGGACUUCCCGAUACGGACAAUGAGAUCAACGACAUAUACAGCUACGGAAUAUUCCUACUAGAGCUGAUAUCGGGUAAGGAAGCCGCGAACAAAGAGGCCUUCAGAUCAAAUGACGGCAUACUUCAAUGGGUACAAGAAUGUUUGAGUUCGGACAAUCUAAUCGACCGUCAGUUAGCGGGAAGCUUCACUCCCGAAGGAAUGAAAGAUGUAAUAAAAGUAAUGCUGCAAUGCAUGAGGUUUCCCGGGAGGGAGAGGCCGAGGAUGGAGAAUGUAGUUGUCGAGCUCGAGCAGAUACUCGAGAAGGAGAUGACGAGAACGACGGUCAUGGGCGAAGGCACCAUGACCGUCAUUCCCGGGAGCGAACUGUUCACAAAUUAAUACUUGGAUCAUUAUUGCAACUUAUUUUAUCGUUUAAGGUAACAAGACAAGACUAGAGGAUGAUGAUGAUGAUGAUUGUCUUUUUAGGACAAGACUCGGAGGUUUUAUCUGGCUUGCUUUUAUCAGCCGUUACAGCAUUUUUAUGAUGUCGCUAUUUUGGUAUAUUUUAUUUUCUUUUUUUAUUUUAUAUUUUAUAUUUUUUUAUAACGUAAAAAAAUUUGCCGAUGCUAUUCGUGGAGUUCGCCCCCGAAAGGAAAACAAUAGUGGUAGUAGUACUUAAA